CAUGGAGUGCAAAAUAGAAGAAACUGAGAAAACUGGAACUCCAUGUGAUACCGAAAAUAAUACGAUGAAUAAUGAUGAAAGGUUAGCUCGAGUAGCUGAAGUUUUGUCAGAUCAAGAGUUUUCUUUAGCGGAGAAGCAAAAAUUAAUUUUUUCUUCUGAUGAUGAACAUAUAUUAUUACCUUUACAAGAAACAGGUUCUAAAAAAUGUGAUGAUAAAAAUUCAGAUAAUAUGGAGAAAAAGGCUUUGUUAUCAUUAACAGCCAAGUCAUCUGGAGUUGAAGAUGUCAACUCUUCUGUUUGUAAAAAGAAAGAAAAGGAGAAAGAAAAAGUUUCAUCUGUCUUUGAUUAUUUGUAUGGUGAAUUAAGAAGAGGCUACUUGCUAGAAAAUGAUGAGCAAAGAUUUACUGAAAGGCGUGAAAAGUUUUAUAUCUUUCUGAAAAUCCCUAAAGAAAUUGAAAAGUUCAUCAUAUAUGGAUUCUUCCAGUGUGUUGAUGCUUUUUUAUUUUUAUUCACUUUUCUGCCUUUGCGUUCAGCUCUUUCUGUUUGGUUUCUUGUUACACGAACUUUGAAACUUGUAUUUAGUGCUUUAUUUGGAAUACAUCAUAAUUAUAGAAGUUUACAACCUGCAGAAAUUUGUGACCUUUUGAAAGUUAUCAUCUUAUGUUGUGUGAGCUUCUCUAUGAUGUAUGUUGACACAUCAAUGUUGUACCAUAUUGUAAAAAGUCAAUCUGUUAUUAAGCUGUAUAUAAUGUUUAAUAUGCUAGAGGUAGCUGAUAAAUUAUUUUCAUCAUUUGGACAAGACAUUCUUGAUGCUUUGUACUGGACUGCAACAGAACCAAGGGGAAGAAAAAGGGAACAUCUUGGAUUAUUGCCCCAUUUAUGUAUCAGUCUUGUCUAUGUCUUUAUUCAUACUCUUAUUGUUCUGAUUCAAGCUACUACUUUAAAUGUUGCCAUAAAUUCGCAAAAUAAGGCCUUACUUACCAUAAUGCUAUCAAAUAAUUUUGUUGAACUGAAAAGCAUGGUUUUUAAAAAAUUUGAAAAAAACAACUUAUUUCAAAUGUCUUGUAGUGAUGUCAGAGAAAGGUUUCAUUACUUGAUUCUCUUAUUCAUAGUUGUCAUUCAAACAAUGAAGGAAUAUAACUGGAGUUAUGAUCAGUUCAUGGUACUUCUUCCUUACUGUGUUGGUGUUAUCUUAGCUGAAAUUGCUGUUGAUUGGACUAAGCAUGCAUUCAUUACAAGAUUCAAUGAAAUAACUUUUGAAGUAUAUCGUGAUUAUAGAAUCAGUUUAGCUUAUGAUUUAGCCAGCUGUAAACUAAAAAAUGCGUUUGCUGAUCAUUCAGAUUUAAUAUCUCGUAGAAUGGGAUUUAUUCCUUUACCACUUGGAGCUCUAGUCAUAAGAGUUGUAAGUGGAUCUAUAACAAUAGUUGGCUUCUGGAGCUUUGUUUGUUUUUUUAUGGUAUAUCUCUGCCUCAUCAGUGCCAAAGUCGCAAUCAGUAUUGCAUUGCUUGGUAAAGCUUGUGAUGAGAUUGAAAUGCACAGAAAUGCUCAGAAAGAAAAAAUGCCUCAGCCUCGGCAAUGUAAUAGUUUACCAUCUAGCUGUCACCAUAGUACUGAAGAUUUAACAAAACUUAUUCAACCUAAAAGCAUGCCACACAGUCAAUGUGCCAGUGCCUCCUCAAGUAUUGCCGAUAUUACAGCAAGAGCAGAAAUACUUCAAGAGACUUUAGAGCCAAAUCCUCUAUUUUCUAAUAGCACAGUUAGUUUAAAUAGUUUAGGUAUGAAUGAUAAUAUGUUUGUUAAUGAGCAGUUUUCAGCUAAUAAACUUGAAACUGGAGCCCCAAGAUGGAAGGCUACUGCUACAUUUGGGGGUAUUCUUAGAACCUCUAAUGAAACUGAACCUAUAAAAAGAAGAAUAUCUCUACAAGAGAAAGUUGAAUUCUCUGAGGAUUCAAAAUCUUGACAAAAUUUAUUUUUUAAGUGCUUUUGUAAAUGUCUGUGAAAUCAUGUAAAUUUUCCGUCAUGUGUUCCACUAAUAAAUGCCAUUUUUAAGGGAAAGUGAUUUAAAUAAGGUAUUUUUCAUAAACUAACAUCUUCUUAUUCAAUCGAUUUUAUUUCAAUUUGAACCUUGUAAUGUUUCACUGCUGUGUGUUUUUAAAAAUCUGAAUUUCUUUAGUAUAAUGUUGAGUUAAUGAGGUAUUGUUUUUGUUGUUAUUAAUUGUGACUUAUUGGAUUGUUAAUAUGAAUAUAUAAAUCAUUUGAUGUUUAUAUUUAGUUGAAUUAUUUUUAAAUUAGAUUUUAUCUAUUCCUAGCCAUUUCUUCAUUUUUUCAAAAUAUUACUACUUUGAAAAGAAUAAUAUUGUGAAUUUGAUUUAUGAAUACCAUUAUAAAUGAAGUAGAAUUUUUUUAAAGAAAUUCAGAUUGAUUUAUAUUGUAGAAUUGUUUUAAAAAAUUUAUGUAAAAUGAAUUUAUUUUCCAGCCAAAGUUCUUUAUAUUUUUUUCAGAUUUAUAAAAUAUAUAUGACAAAUUUCAAUACAAUCCUGUAAUUGUGUAGAGCUUUUUGGAAUUUUUAUAAUUUUUUAAAAAUUUUAUUUAAGCAGUUUAUUGGUAUUUUUUUAUUUUUGCAUAUGUUGGAAAGUUAGCAUUUUUUAAAUUUGGUUUGCAAUGAGUAUUGCAAGAGUAUCCAUGGGAAAAUCAACCCCUCCCCCCAUCUUUUUUUUUUUUUUUUUUUUUUUUCAAAUGAUAAGAGUGUAUACAAAUAUUAUAAGCACAUUUAUAAAAUAUUUUUUUGUGAUUACUUUACCUAGUCAUUAAGAGAUUGUUUAUCAUUGACAGUUAGUUGCAAAUGUAAUACGAAAUAAGCAAUGUAUAUGUGUGGGAUAACUCAGAAUAUGUUUUUAUACUGCUUUUAUUCUAGUAUAAUAAAUUUCUGAUUCAGUAUCAGAAUAUACAUUUUACAAGAUGGUUCAAAAAGUUUUCCCUUCUCCCCAUGAAUUCUUAUUCAUGGAGUAUUCUUAGCUAUACUAAUUAGCUCUUUUCUUCAGUCUUUUCUUAAUAACUUAGUACAUUAAACUAAUUAACUACAUUAACUUCUCAAAACUAAAUAUUUACUUUAUCAGAAAAAGAAAAAUCCCGAGUAAAUUUGCUAAAAGGAUUGCUGAGUAGCUGUCUUAAAUCUUUUUUUUUUUUUUCCCCAAUUUUAUUUUAUGUGUUGAAGCGUUUUUCUCUUAAGAUCUUUUACUUUUAGUUAUUUUACUGUAUCAUUUUUAUUUAUAAUAAAAAGAUGUUUCCCAACAUUUCCAAAAGAGUUUUAUAGUAUUGUAUUUAUUGUUUUAAGUAGAAGUCUUUAAUUCGAAAAUGUAAUAAAAUGUCUGAUAUAUACACCUGAAAUUUACAUUUAAUAAAAAAAAAAAAUCAUGAAGACUUAAUAAAUGUAGAGACUAAAGCUUUUUCAAAAUACUUCACAAAUUUCUGGAGCUUAAAAUUGGUAUUUUUUGUGCUUCAUUGUAAGUAGGGAAGAGGAUUAAAAAAAUAGAGUGCAGUUUAGAAAUAUAAAUUUUCAAUACUCGGGGAAAAAAUUUGUUAAGAUGUUUUUAAGAGAAAUCAUUCUUUUGAAAAUGUUAUAUAUUUUAACCAAUGAGAUUGAAAUUUCCCUUGUCUGUCUCCUAUCAAUUCCAUUAUUUCCUGAUUAAAUCUUUUCAAAUUAUUGCCUGUUGUAAUCUUUUAGAUAAAUACAAUUCUAAAAGUAUUUUCAUUGAUAUAUCAUUGCAUGUACUGAUUCAACUCAUAAAGCGAACGAUUUUUUAAAUGUAAAUUUCUUUACAUUUCAGUUUAUCUUAAAGUAAUUAUAAUAGUAUGAAAUACUUAUUUUUAAUUUUUAGAUCAUAUAGUUAUAUCACACAUUACAUUGCUAUAGUAGAUUUGUCCAUUCCAUGCAUAGAAAGGGAGAAAAAAAAGAAAACAAUUGUUACUUUUGAUUGUUAUCAAAAUGAUUAUUUUAUGCAUGUUAUAGAGCUUAACUAUUUAUUUUUUUAUUGUAGAAUGCUGUUUUAAUAAGUAUUUAUAAAUUUGAAACUAAUGAGAAGUAAAAUUAUUUUGUUUACAAUUAAUAAAAGCUACAAGAGCUUUGAAGAAUAGUGAUUGAAACCAAAUAUUUCAUUUCAUUAAUGAGAUAAAGUCACUCUUAGUAUUCUGUCUGAAAAUAAUUUUGCCUUGAGGGAAAUAAAGUGCCCUCUUGUUGUGAUUUAAUGUUUCAUAUCAUUUGAAUGUUAAAAAUAUUUAUUUCAAUAAAUUAAAUCUUUUUUUUUUA